CGUAGUGUCAUGCAGUUCAAUAUGUCUAGGUACGUUUUCUGUAUGGCGUGAUGUUUGGCCUUAAUGAAAAAACAAGUAUUGCUAUUCAUGAAAAAGGGCUACUGAUACAUGGCACUAUAUAAACAGGUUUCUUUCCCACAAAUUACAACUCCUGAUAUAAAUUAUAGCUUCUAUAUCAGAAUGAGGACAUUUGCGACAUUUUUCUUACUUGCUUUACCCUUUUUUGUUUCUUCCACUAAUACAGAAGUUGCUGUUAAUGUUCAAGAUUUAAAUGGCCAAUCUAUGGGUCAUGUAGGCUUGAACUCUCUUGGAGCAGCUACCAUCACUGAAAUGACAAUGUUGUUUUCAUUCGAAGAUGGAAUGAUUAAAAACUAUAAAAAUUCGGCUUUUGAAAUUAAUUCAAUGGGAAAGCUUACAAUGGGUGAAAUCAAAAACAUUCAAGUUACUGGGAAUCUUUUGCAAUACAGAAAUGACCCCGUGUUUGAGCUUUGUGAUGACGGAUCAAUCGGCUAUAAUAGUCAAUGCCUUGGUGCAAAACCAGUAAGACUUGAAGUUGUGAAUUACUGAUGAAACCUAAACCUGAUUUUGAGUUGAUCUACAUAUAGUCUUAUAUAGCAGAAUGUAUUACCAGGUGAAUUCCUC